GGCAAGCAAUUCUCGAUAUUAGCAAGGCUAUGAUGUAUAACUUUUGGUAUGGCUAUAUUAAACCCCGUUAUGGAGAAAAGGCCCGCCUUCUUUAUACUGAUACCGAUUCACUAAUUAUGUGGAUUGAAACCGAAGAUAUCUAUAAAGAUCGGGCAGAGAGGCCAGACCUAUUUGAUCUCAAAAAUUCCGGAGACUUAUUUCUAAUGAAAGAUGAGUGUAAGGGAAUUCCGAUUGAUGAAGCUGUAUGCUUAAAGCCGAAAAUGUAUUCAGUUCUUCCGGUUGGGCAUGAUUCCAAAACCCCUGAAAAUCCAGAUGAAGAAGCUCCUGAUAAAAAGCAUGGCAUACAAAAGGCCAAGGGCGUAAAAAAAUCUGUAGUAAAAAGGGAGCUUCGUCAUGACAAGUUCCUAGAAUGCCUAAAAACUCGAAAAAUUACUAGGCAUGACAUGUAUGGGCUUCGUAGCUAUGAUCACCAAAUUUAUUUAGAACGCGUAAACAAAAUAGGGCUAAAUCCUUAUGACAAUAAGCGCUGGAUUUUAUCUGACGGAAUCCAAACUUUACCUUAUGGGCAUUGGC